AUGUCAUAUCCAGAUAUUCCUAGAAAUAGUCUUUCCGAUUUGAAGCAAUUGGCCCACGGAAUGUGGGCAACUAAGCCAACAUUCAAAGAAGAUCAAUAUCCGUCAUUGGAAGGAAAAGUUGUUAUUGUCACUGGUGGAAACACUGGUCUUGGUUAUGAAACCGUCAAGUCGUUGGCCGGUUCAACAAAAGCAAGAAUCUACAUCUUUUCAAGAAGUAAGGAAAAAACUCUUAACGCUAUCAAUGAUCUUAAAUUAGAAGUUCAAAAAGAGUACGGGGUUCAUAACAGAGAGAUUGGAUUCAUACAGGUGGAUUUGAGCGAUCUCACCACAAUUAAACCCGCAGUGGAGGAGUUUUUGAAAAAGGAGAAUAGAUUGGAUAUCAUCAUCAACAAUGCAGGUGUGAUGAUGCCGCCACAAGGUUCCAAGACUAAGCAAGGUUAUGAGUUACAAAUUGGAACCAAUGCUUUGGGCCACCACUUGUUGCAACGUUUAUUAGAUCCUAUAUGCAUCAAAACAUCAGAAACGAAUCCACCAGGAUUGUCAAGAAUUGUGUGGUUGUCGUCUACAGCUCAUAUGUAUGCACCAAGAGGUGGUAUUCAUUGGGAUGACAUUGGGUUUAAAAAAGUGCCCAGAUUCACUAGCAAUGUUAAGAUGCAACUUUAUGGACAGAGCAAAGCUGCCAACUUGAUUCAAGCUCGUACUUGGUCAAGAAAACACGGUUACCCGAAUGUCAUCAGUAGUUCCAUCUGUCCCGGAUACUUGAACACAGAUUUACAAAGACACGCUUCGGCAAUGGAGAAGUAUGUUUACAAGUACGUUUUGUACCCCCAAAGGAUGGGUGCUUAUACCGAAUUGUAUGCUGCUCUCUCACCAGAUGUGAAGGACGGUGACCAUUCAAUUUCUUUUGGUACUCCCGGAAAAGGAAGAAAAGACUUACUAAAUGAUGAAGUUGGUGAUAAGCUUUGGGAUUGGCUUGAUAAAGAAACAGACCCAUACGUGUAG